AUGCCCUCGAACCUCCCAGUACACGUCUUCAUCACACACAUGACCAAGUAUAUCUUGAGUAACCUCGUGGUCUGGUUAAGGGCGCUCUUGGUGGGCUGCGUCUGGCUCUGCUGGCUCCCAUAUUUGAUGCGACGGAUGUGGUCGUUGCUCUUCUGGCUAAGCGAUGAGGGGCUAGGCAGCCUAUUGUUGGCGAAAACCGCGGGCAGCUCUUCCGUCACCAAUGCCACUCUCGAUGCUAUAGAGUCGGCCAACGCCACUUCAUCCUUGUUCGAUAAUGCAACGAGCAUCCAGGACGCCGCCAGCGCCAUCGUCACCAGUGCGCUCAACGGCUCGGCCACCGAUCCCACGAGCGACAUCGCGGCUGAACCAACACGCCUAUUUCUCUUCCUCCUCAAAGCAAUUUUCCCUCCCAACGUCUCCUUUCUCCGUAACCUCACGCGGCAGCCAGCCAUCAAUCGCUUCAUCAUCAUGGUCCUGGAGGGGCAAAUCAUCACAGUCCUCGUCAUUGUUUGUUUCAUCCUCAUCAUCUUGGUGCGGGACUAUGUCGUCCAGCAGCAACCUGAGAUAAACAUGCGGGCUGCCUUUGCCGGCCAGGAGGUGGCGCGCCUCGACGAGCCCACGCUCAGCCAGAUGCUCAGCCACAUCGCCGAGGGUCAUCGCACGAGACGCACCUCCGCGAUGGACGCCGCUCGCCCUCCGAAGCUGGCGCAACAACAACACUACCUUCGAGUAUACAGGGAGGCCAAUGGGGACCCCGAGGUCAUUAUGAGACUCCUCCGUGAAGAGAGUGUAAGGAACCGCACUCAGGCCCGCACUCCCGAGAUCGUCAAUGGGCACCAGCAUCCUGAAGCAAGCAACAACUCGGGCUCUUCUUCGAUCGCCGCGGCCACGUCAAGCCGUCAGGGAAGCGGGGAGCGCGUGCCAACUCAAGAGACGUAUGGCGACCGGUCCGGGAUGGACGAUGUCUUUGGCCCUGCCAUGUCCAGGUCUUCCGAGGAGAUGGAGGGCAGGGAUUCCAUGUCCUCGAGGGCCAGAUCGAAGCAGCCCGUGUGGCCUGAACAACAGGAAGAAUUCCUGCCGGUUGACGAUGCCACCGGGGAGCAUGACGACGAAGACCUUGCCUCCUACUCGCGCCGUCGCGCCGUGUCAGAUGGGCCACAGCCGCACCGCCACGAAUUUUCGGGGACCUUUGGUGGCUCUGAUCGCGAAGAUGCUUUUGAAGACGACGAGGACGGCGAAGCGGCACGAUCAGAUAUAUUCAACGACCACGCAGAGGAGCGUGACCAAGGGGUCGCCCAGGAGAUCAACGUCGAGGCUGCUCCGGCAGGACCUGCCCCACCUGCUCCGAACGCCGACUUCUUUUGGGGUGGAAUCGAGCCUCCCACAGAGGACGAACUCCGCGCCGCAGAGGCCGAGGACGAGGAUCUAGACGACGACGAUGCGGCCGAGGACAUUGGCGUCGAUAACGGUGAACCAGGCGAAGCUGGAGAAGCGGGUGCGCAGGCUCUCGACCAGGACGCUCUCGAUGACAUUGAGGAUUUUGAAGGCAUCAUGGAGCUCAUUGGCAUGAGAGGCCCCAUUGCGGGUCUUUUCCAAAACGCCGUCUUUUGCGCGUGUCUCGUCUUUGUCGCCAUUUUCGUCUGCAUCUUCCUCCCUUACAAUUUGGGGCGCACGGCCAUCUGCAUCGCUGCGAACCCGAUGCGACUCGUACGCAUGCUUUUUUCCGCCGCGAAGUUUAUCCAGGACCUUACUGCCGUGAUAGCCGGGGCCCUGUCCUGGGCCACGCUCUCCGCCUUAUCCGUCUUGUCGCGCGUCACGGGCCAGAACGCUCGGAUGGAUUCGGUCGGCUCCAGCAUUACGUAUACUUGGGAGCUGACCGCCAAUGCGUCCAGCCGCCUCUCGUCCGGCUUCUUCGAUGACUUCCCCUUUCACGCGUCCGAGAUUCAAAACUUCUCCGCCGUCAGCCACGGGGCUCUCCUGGAGCUCAAGGCCCAUGUCGUUGGCGUGGCGAUGACUUUAUGGAACACGGCCGCGUUCACCGUGGAGUCGCCCGUCUCCGAGGUGGCCAGCACCGUACUCAGCAACGGAACCUACCUAGCCGGCCUCGCCAAGAACAUGACCGUAACGGCGGCGACCUCGAUCUUGACGCCCGGUUCCUGGAUCAUCGACCUCAACACCGCGGCCCCGGUACAGAUCGAUCCGGCCCUUGCGUCCUGGUCUGGGUCGGACAGGUUCUGGGCCAUACUCGCGGGGUACCUCAGUUUCGCGUCUCUCGCCACCCUGUACGUGACCCGGGGUGCGCCUCUCUCAUCGGGGCAGCUGGGUCAAGAUUGGGAAGCGUCGCUGGUGGAUCUCAUCAACCAGGCUAGCGGGGUAACCAAGGUCAUUCUCAUCAUAGGUAUCGAAAUGCUGGUGUUCCCGCUCUACUGCGGCCUACUCAUGGAUGCGGCGCUCCUUCCGCUCUUUGAGCAUGCAACGAUCAGAUCGCGCUACGACUUUAGUGUCAACUACCCGCUGACAUCUAUAUUUGUUCAUUGGUUCGUGGGAACCGGAUACAUGUUCCACUUUGCGCUGUUCGUAUCCAUGUGCCGCAAGAUCAUGCGGAACGGAGUCCUGUAUUUCAUCCGAGACCCAGAUGACCCGGAAUUCCAUCCGGUCCGAGAUGUAUUAGAAAGGAAUUUCUUCACUCAGCUCCGUAAAAUCAUGUUCUCCGCCCUAGUGUACGGAGGACUAGUCGUUGUUUGUCUUGGCGGCGUCGUAUGGAGCCUAAGCUUCGCCUCGACCGUCUUGCCAAUCCAUUACUCGUCCAACGAGCCGGUGCUCGAGUUCCCGGUUGAUCUUCUCUUCUACAACUUCCUCAUGCCCCUAGCCGUGAGGGUAUUACGGCCCAGCGACGCGCUUCACGCCAUGUACACGUGGUGGUUCAAGCAAUGCGCUCGGAUGCUCAGGCUGACCUGGUUCCUCUUUGGCCAGCGGCAGGUCGAUGAGGAAGGCAAGCUUUUAUUGCCAAAGAACUCGCCGUACAAAUCGCUCCCCUGGUACCGGAAGCAGUUCCUACGUCUCGACGGCGAAAAUAACGUUGUGCCCAAGACGUGGAAUGACCUGAUUAACGACCUGUUAAACCCCGAUCCCUCUUCAAGUUCAACAGUUGGGUCGCUCACCAAAACCAAGCGGAAGCUCGUGCGGGAAGGUCAGCUCCGCCGGGACGGAAGGUUUGUCCGUACCCCUGCGUCGGAUCAGGUCCGGAUCCCCAAGGGCCGCCGGGUCUUUUUAGAAGUGCACGAAAUCAGCCAGAUACCACUCCCAACCGCGCCGCACCUGGAGCAGUACUUUACCGACCAGUACCAGCUAGUGUAUCUACCCCCAACUUCCGGCCACGUCCGCACCAACGAUAUUUACGCCUUUAGCAUCGGCAUCUACGUGCUAGGCACGAUCGGAUACUCGGUCCUCCGCGCCCAAGCGCUCUCGACCAAGAUUCGCGCGUGGGCCACCGCUGGGCUCGGUGCCCUAUACGAGCCAGGUGCACCGAAGCAGGUGGCGACGGUCGUCCUUCACGGCGUGCAGCUCGUGUACACGUACCUCAACGUGUUUGUGUUCUUCCCCUUGCUCGCCAGCGCGCUCAUCGAGCUCUACCUCAUUAUCCCGCUCCACACGUACAUGUCGCCCCCGAAAGCCCCCGUCAUGACGGGAGCAGACGCCGUUCCCGAUGUCGGGGCAGCCCUCGCAGCCGCCAACAGCAUCCACACCAUUCGCGCCGUGCAAGCGUGGACGCUAGGCCUCUUGUAUCUCAAGCUGGCGACGCGCGUGCUCCGGAGCAGCUUCGCAGGCACGCGCCUCGCCAACGCGAGCCAGGCCGUGUUCCGGCGCGGCUGGCUCCGGCCCGACGUCAAGGUGCUCACGCGCGCCUUUGUCAUCCCCGCGAUCGCGCUAUGCGUCAUCGCCGUCGCCGCGCCGCCCGUGGUCAUCGUGCCCCUCAUCAAGCGGGUGCUCGUGGCGGCGGGCGCGUUUGAUCGGCUCUCGGACGACCCCGUCUCCAUGGCGCUCAUUUACAGGCUCAGCUUCCUCUCGGCCGCGCUGGUGGCGCUCAGCUCGACCAUGGUGUGGAGCCUCGUCGGGGUGUUUAGGGGUGGAAGUCGAGAAUCAGGGACGAGGCAUACCUGA